UUUCAGGCCCAUAACUUGAAUGACCAAAUUUUCUUCUCUCUCAUAUACUGUCUUGAGGAAAAAGCAAAAACGAAAUUCACCCCCUUUGUCUCCUCUGAUACUGAAACACAGCGAGGCAGACAUCACUGCACCCAUCUCUGUAAUUUCGAGAAGCCGAGUUUGCAAAAUGUUCAGGAAUCAAUACGACACCGACGUGACGACGUGGUCGCCGGCGGGGCGGCUGUUCCAAGUGGAGUACGCGAUGGAGGCGGUGAAGCAGGGCUCCGCGGCGAUUGGGCUGAGAUCGAAGACCCACGUGGUGCUCGCCAGCGUCAACAAGGCCAGCUCGGAGCUCUCCUCGCACCAGAAGAAGAUCUUCAAGGUCGACGACCACAUCGGCGUCGCCAUCGCCGGCCUCACGGCGGACGGCCGAGUGCUUUCCAGAUACAUGAGGAAUGAGUGCAUUAAUUAUUCCUAUACGUACGAGUCGCCGCUCCCCGUCGGCCGCCUUGUUGUUCAGCUGGCCGACAAGGCUCAGGUCUGCACACAACGGUCCUGGAAGCGGCCAUACGGUGUGGGCCUCCUGGUGGGCGGCCUAGACGAGUCCGGGGCCCACCUCUACUACAACUGCCCGAGUGGCAACUAUUUCGAAUACCAGGCUUUUGCAAUCGGGUCGAGGUCCCAGGCUGCCAAGACGUACCUCGAGCGCAAGUUCGAGACUUUUACGGACUCGUCUCGUGAUGACCUUAUCAAAGGCGCUCUAUUCGCGCUGCGCGAGACCUUACAGGGAGAGAAGCUGUCGAGCUCCGUUUGCACGAUUGCAGUGCUUGGGAAAGGCGAGGCUUUUCACGUGCUGGAUCAGGAGACUGUACAAGGGCUCAUUAAUGAGUUUGAGGUGGCCGGAGAGGAGCCGGCGGCUGACGAUGCUGAGGCUGAGGCCGGUGGUGGAGAGGCGGCAGGUGAGGAGGGAACGGGGGCCGCUGCCCCCAUGGAUAUCUGAUGAGUUUUUCUCUUUUGGUUUUUAUUGGGAUUCAGUUUGUGUUGUUUUCUGAUGUUGUUUGACUGAAGGGAAUUGAUUUUAAGUAAUCUGUUGUUGAGGGGGAAGUGGGAAUGUGUUCUAUCUAUCUAUCUAUCUGUCAGCUGGGAUUUGCCUGUGGACUUGGUUAUAUUUGUGUUUUUCGGAUAAUGUUGGUAAGGUGUUGAUUAUGACGAUGAUGAUGAUAAUCUGUGGGUGUUUAAGAUUAAUUAUGUUGGUUGAAUUGGUUUGGGAAUUGGGAUUUGGUUUGUGGGACGUUGAAGCUCAUCAGGCUGAGAUGUUCUCUUUGGCUUUGGGGUUUAGUAAUUGUUUUCUUUGGUUACAGACAGUGGUUAGGUUAGGUUGGCUUCUGGUUUUAUGUUCUCUUGCAAUGGUUUUUCUUACACUAAAUCAUAACACAUUUUUUAGUACAUCUAUAGCUUCGUAUGUACACUAUAAUGGUUUAAAAUAAAGAUUCACA